AUGACUAUCAUUAAAACAAUUAUCCCGGAUUCCGCACUUCACUAUGUCUUCUAUGCAAUUCCUGCUCUCCUCUUACUUCAUCUUUCCUUCAACUAUUUCUACAAUUCGCUGAACAUCUUUCCAGGCCCAUUUUGGGCCCACCUGACUGACAUCUGGCGAUUUAUGGAUGUGAAGGGCCGACGCCCUGAGCUCACUCAUAUAGCGUUGCAUCGCAAGUAUGGUGAUAUCGUGCGUCUUGGACCACGCAGUUUGUCCUUCGCGGACCCGAAGGCAGCGAAGGUGAUCUACGGUCUGAAUAAAGGAUUCACUAAGUCCGAGUUUUACCCAGUGCAAAUGACUGUUUCCAAAGGCGAGCCAUUGCCCUCGCUAUUCUCAACACUAGAUGAGAAAUUCCAUGCGCAGCUCCGUCGUUCUGUCAACCAUGCUUUCUCAAUGAGCUCAUUGGUACAGUAUGAACCGAUGGUCGAUGAGACAACGGAAAUCUUUCUCGAUCAAACGGACCGGCUGUUUGCUGAUGGGACCACAGUGUGCGAUUUCGCACGAUGGCUUCAAUUCUUCGCUUUUGAUGUUAUUGGAAGCAUCACGUAUAGCAAACGCCACGGGUUUAUCGAGAAAAACGAAGAUAUCGAUGGUAUCGUCAAUUCCUUGGCAAAGAUAUUUGACUAUGCGGCUCCCGUUGGUCAGAUGCCUUGGCUAGAUAAGCUAUUUUGGAAAAACCCAAUUUUCGAUCUCCUUCAAAAAUUAGGAUUAUCGGAUAAUUCCCAUCCUGUGGCCGUCUUCGCCAAUCAGCGCAUGCAAGAACGUAUGACAGACAAAUUUGCUGCAGCGGGUACAGGAUCAAAGGAUGAUCUUCUCACUAUGUUCCUGAAGGCGGGUGAAACGCGCCCAGAUUUCAUGACAAGCAAACGAAUCCUGACCAUGGCCGUCUCUAUGGCCUUUGCCGGCUCUGAAACAACCGCCAUCAGCAUUGCAGCCGUGUUUUACUAUUUACUCAAAAACCCAGAGUGCAUGAGACGGGUCAGGAAAGAGCUGGAUGAUGCUGUGGAGAAUGGUACGAUCAUGAACCGCCCAACUGGACUUGUCUCGUGGACGGAGUCCCGGCAACUACCCUAUCUUGAUGCCUGCGUAAAGGAAGCUUUCCGUAUGCAUCCUGCUGCGGGUCUUGCGCUGGAACGCGUUGUUCCUGAUUCAGGAAUAGAAAUCUCCGGACAUUUCAUUCGCGGCGGAACAAUCGUUGGUUGUAGCCCCUGGGUUAUUCACCGUCGCGAAGAUAUAUUCGGUCCAAAUGUCGACAUGUACAACCCGGAUAGAUGGCUUACAACUUCAGCGGAUCAACUGAAGGUUAUGGAUGGAACGAUGCUCCAGUUUGGAGCCGGGUCACGCACCUGCAUUGGGAAGAACAUCUCUCUGAUGGAGAUUUAUAAAUUGAUACCCAGUUUCCUGCGGAGAUUCGAGAUACAACUGGCAUAUCCCGAGCAAGAGUGGAAACUGUGGAAUGCAUGGUUCGUACGGCAGCAGAACUUCAAGACCAUUUUUACACCGAGAAAGAUUAUAGUAUAA